AUGCGCACUGUCUCCAGUCACCACUUUUUCCCUACAAGAAACACUGCUAAUGGCUCUAUUCCUGCUCAGAGCGCCACACCGUCGAAAAACACACACACAGGCGUUAUGAGUCAACGAAAAACAAGGAAAAGGUGCUGUUGUGUCUGCAUCGAGCAGCACCGUGGUGGUACUCAAUAUAAUGACCGUAAUAAUGACAACAAUAGCCACCGCCAUGGCCCGGCGGGCCAUGGCGGUGGGCAAAAAAGCACGUUUGGGUUAUCGGGUGGAUUUCUGGCUCGCACCCUGCUGUCAUCCACGAGGUACAAAGUGACCGGGCCAUGUGGGGCGGCGAGGGGUUUGUGUGAUAAUCUUUCCGGCGUGGUUUUGCUGGGCUGUUUCGGGUUUGGCACAGAUAAAGGCAAGCGCAGAACGACACACGAGAGCGGGAAAAAGCUUGGCUGGCCGUGUGCAGUGAUGGGAGCGUGCAAAGCGGAGGCGUGUGCCAUACAGGCGUGUUUGAAGCGUCACGGGUAUGAUGAGGGCCGGUGCGUGGCGGCGGUUAACGAGUUAUAUGCGUGUUGCAGGCGGUUCUACCGUGGGCAGCGGGGGGGCAGCAGCAGCUGCUGCCCAGGUGCGGAGGUUGUUGAGCGCAGGGUGGGCGGAGGGCGGGCUGCAGGCACGGGGGCAGUUGGGGGUGGUGCGACGGGCGGGCACGUUGUGCGCUGGGCGCAGGAUACAUAG